AUGGGCAACCUGCUAGCGUCGGCGCCCUCCUGUGUCCGACUAUCGAAGGAGGCCCAAGCCGCGCUCACCGCUGAGCAAGGGCCGCUCUUCAUUACGUCGGCGUUCGGCGGCGCAGCCCGACUCGGACCGCCCAAGAGCAUCGUUGCUCCGAUCUCUCGGCAGACAAAAGCGACGCACGAGCCCGUCAAACUUUCGACCAAGUACGACCCGUGGUCGUCAACAACGCGCCAUUUCGGACGCCCGCUCUGA